AUGGCCUAUUUAUCCGGCUCUCACGCACCACCGGCAGCCCCGGCUGGGAAUCACGGGGGUGGCGGCUGUCCCCGGAAAACGGUGGCGCUCGGCACAGGAAAGCCAGCUGAUAAACUGAUCUGCAGACAACGCUUCUUCCUUCCUGGGAAGCGGCCACAAAGGCAGCCAGCUGACCUCUGCCGAGCGCCGUUCCCUGGCCGAGAAGGGCUGCGAAGGGGGAUGGAAAGGAGAGGGAGGCAGGGAAUCGCUGGACACCACCCCCACACCCUCACCCUAACAGAAAAGUUUCAUUUGGCAAAAGCAUCACAAGGCGUGAUUCAAGCUGAGCCCACGCUAGCAAAGCUCGGGCUCCGUAUCUCUCCCAGCCGGGCGGGGCGGGAAGGGAAGGGAACCGUCCCGGUGCCCCCUCCUACCGCUCCCCGCCCCUCGGCUGCUCGGCUGCAGCCCAAGGCCCUUCCAACCCCGUAG